AUGAGCGCCCACGUCGUGGUGAUCGACGCGACGGCCAGGCGGGCAACGAUUAAGACGACACCCACCAAGCCCAUGACCGAUGUUCUGCAAGAAGCUUGCAAGAAGCUUGGAUACAAUGCUACCCAAUACGGUUUGAAGCACAAUCGCAAACAACUAGACCUUUCCCUCUCCUUCCGCCUUACUGGCCUCAGCUCUGGAGCGAAGCUUGAGCUUGUACAGUUCUCUCGCUCGCCCUCCGUUGUUACCGUCGGCCUUCAACUCCCCGAAUCCGAAGCUCGAGGUGCCCCGAAUGGCCGCAUACUUGACAAGUUCCCAAGCACGACCACACUUUGGCUAGUACUGCGCAAGUUUGAGGCUGGUGUUGCAGGAAGUGGCCCCGUACGGAAUCUCACUUCGCGUGCAGUGCCCGCUACCGAUGGCGGGGAUGGUGCGGGACGUCUAUACUAUGAGAUGCCAGUGCUUCAGAUCUUGGAGCGUGAAGUAUCAAGCUUUACAGAUCUCCAGAAAACACUCGCCCAGCUUGGAUUCAACAGUGGAAAUGUGCUUAUGCGACUAAGCUUCCGACGAACAGAAGAGCCGAUUGAGAAUGCGAUGGUGCAGAUCGGCGAGUUCUUUAAGUCGGAGGAGGAAGAGGCUCCUUCAACACAGGAUAAAGCAGCUGCUCCCGCAGCGGCUUCCAUGGCAAGCAUAAGUGAGGAACAUACUGAGCAGCCACCUAGCUCUUUGCAGUCUGAGACCUCCAGCGCACCCACUCCAUCUGGGCCGGAAGCCAACCCUACAGCUACCUCCGAAGCAGCUAUCUCAACAACUGACUCGUCUGGCCGAACUGUCACCGUCUACUCUCCCCCCUCGGACAACACACCCUCCUCGGCGCAAAUAGCCUACAACGAGAAUGAUUACAUACCCUCUAUCGAGCACGCCAAACUGCACCAGCGAUUACUCAAUCAAUCCUCGCGCAACCAACGCUUACCAACGGACGCCGAGGUUGCCGCCAAAGCAGAAGCAGAAGAGGCAAGGCGAGCAGCAAUCCGCGAUGUUGAUGUGAAGGUCCGCUUCCCCGACCAGAGCCAAGUAGUCGCCAAGUUCGGACCGGAGGAUACAGGAUACUCGCUGUAUGAAUUUGUGCGCGGGUGUCUUGCUCCAUCAUUCGCCGGCGAAAAGUUCCACCUCACAGUCCACACCAUCUCUCGAUCUCACAAUGCAACAACUAUCCCCGAUUCAGAUAAGACACAACUGAUCAAGGGUCUCGGCCUGGCUGGCCGUGUAUUGGUCAACUUCUCUUGGGCUGAUAGUGUUGCUCAAUCUGUCCACGAGCGCCGUGCAGAGGUGCUCCGCCCUGAGCUCCGAAGCCAGGCCCAGCAGCUGAAGGUGGAGCAACUACCAGAGCCCAAGGAAGAAGAGGAGCCAUCAGCUCCCUCGCAAGCCGGCCCGAGUACCACAGAUGAUAAGCCCAGCGGGCUACGGAAGGGUGGUGGUAUUCCCAAGUGGUUGAAGUUACCCGGGAAGAAAUAA